GGAACGUUUCCGGUUUUGCUUGCCGCCGCUCCCAUUUUGUGGCAGUUUAUUUCGCAAUUCGUUGCAGUCCAGUCAGACAACGCUGGAGGGACGAUAAGCAAACUCGGUCUACCUCCUACUGCUCCAGCACACCCAAAAUGGUGUACGACGCCUGCCUGCCUCCCCCGGUUCCGCUCCGUUCAGACCCCAGCGAUAGCACAAACUGGCGCUGUUUACUCCUUCCAGAUCGUCUGACAGCUGCAUCAGUUCCGUUCUCUCCGUAGUGGAGAGUAGCGCGCACGCAUUUUCACUGAAACUACGCGAUCCACACAAUCCCCCACUGUUUAGAAAAAAUAUUAAUCUAUUCCUAAAUUAUAACUACAUUUCCACCUUAACCUAGUCGCACUGACGUAGCUAAUAUCACAUCUGGAUCUUUAUUACACCGACUGUAUAAAUUACAAUAGUGAGCAGUAGGAUCUGUCAGAAUCGUUUGUUUAAAUCAGCCUCCCCAAGUCUUACGCCUAAUUAAUUCCCAUGUUUGUAGGCUUAAAUAGCCCUUUGUUUACAUGCAAUUCCUCACUCUGCGGAAGGAGUCUUUACUGUUGCUCCACGAUUCCAACCAGCUGUUUCCCGCCCUGAAAAGACAUCCGAUCAGCUGCAAGUACACACAUACACGUACAUGCAGAGGGUGGAGAAAGCGCUGCACACACACACACACCGAGGGAACCCCAUCAGCUGGAAGAGGAGUAUUAUUACAACUCGGAACUGUUCCAUUGCGUUGGAUAUGUGUGACCUGCCGAUUUAAUGCGAAUAUCCACUUUGGGAAAAAAUAGGAAUAUUGCGAGGAGGAAAGGGGGGCUGCAGGGUAACGAUAAAGUGGUUAAAAAGGACUGGAUUGCCCAAACUGGAGAGAAAAGCAUGGAGUAUUUCAUGAUGCCAGCUCAAAAGGUUCCCUUACAGCAUUUCAGGAAGACGGAGAAAGAUGUGAUCGGGGGUCUGUGUAGCCUGGCCAACAUCCCCCUGACGCCAGAGACGGCACGCGACCAGGAGCGGCGAAUCCGCCGCGAGAUCGCCAACAGCAACGAGCGGCGCCGCAUGCAGAGCAUCAACGCCGGCUUCCAGUCCCUCAAAACACUCAUCCCCCACAGCGACGGGGAGAAGCUCAGCAAGGCCGCCAUCCUGCAGCAGACGUCGGAUUACAUCUUCUCCCUGGAGCAGGAGAAGACCCGGCUAAUGCAGCAGAACUCCCAGCUCAAACGCUUCAUCCAGGAGUUCAGCGGCUCCUCCCCUAAGCGGAGGCGGGUGGAGGAGAAGGACGAGGGGAUCGGGUCUCCGGACAUCCUGGAGGAGGAGAAGGCGGAGGACUUGCGGCGGGAGAUGAUUGAGCUCCGGCAGCAGCUGGAGAAGGAGCGCUCCGUGCGCAUGCUGCUGGAGGAGCAGGUGCGCUCUCUGGAUGCUAACCUGUACCCUGAGAAGCUGAAGGAGAUCGCCCAGCAGGUUCAGGACCAGCAAGCGCAGAUGCAGACACAGACGCUGCUCCGGCUGCAACAGCUUCGUGAACAGAAGGAGAAAGAGCAGAAACCACGCAGCCCACAGGCCCCAGCCACGCCCCCAGCCCCCACCCACCAUGCCACAGUCAUUGUCCCCGCCCCCACGUUGCCACUCCCACCCCACCACAUCACCGUGGUUACCAUGAGCCCAGCCUCUGUCAUCAACACAGUGUCCACAUCACGGCAGAAUCUGGACACCAUUGUGCAGGCCAUCCAGCACAUUGAGGGCACGCAGGAGAAGAGCAGCAGUGCAGAAGAGGACCAGAGACGGGCCGUCAUCGUCACCUCCACCUCCACCUCCACCCGCGCUCCACCCAACACCUCCACCUCUACUCGUGCUCCACCCAACACCUCCAGCUCUACCCGCGCUCCACCCAACACCUCCACCUCUACUCGUGCUCCACCCAACACCUCCAGCUCUACCCGUGCUCCACCCAACACCUCCACCUCUACCCGUGCUCCACCCAACACCGCCAGCUCUGAUACUGCCUCAGACAGCGAGGGGCCUGACGACCACCUGCUGACCUGAUCCUGCACACACACACACACACACAUGCACAUGCACACACACUCACGCACACACAUACAUACACACACUCACACUUACUAUCACUCAUAGAAAUGUACACACACACAUUCACACAUACACAUCACGCGCACGCACGUAUACACACACACACACACACACACACACUCUUGGACAAACAGGGAUUCAGGGGGAAGGGAUUUCCCACACAUGCAAACUACAACCUGAUGCUCAUACAGAUACCUUACUGUGAUUGGCUAGCACAGACACCACAACCUGAUAGGCUAGCACAGAUACCACAGUCUGAUAGGUGAAUUCAGGUGCUACACCCUGAUAGGCUAGCACAGACACCACAGCAUGGAAGGCUGACUCAAGCACCACACUCCACACUCAAAGACCCAAAAAAAUGCACCUACAGAGGUGCCCUGCAAGUUAGCAGACAAACAGAAACUGGAAGAAACACGCGCACGCACACACA